AUGAAAUCGCUGAAAAAAUAAAAUAAUGUGUGUAAUAAGCAGAAAUGUCUUAAGUAUAAAAGUGAGAAUAAAUUUUAUAAAAUGCAGGAGAUUCAACUAAUUAUUUUGGUUUAAUGGUUUUGCAUUGAUUUAUUUAAUAAAUUAUACAUUCUAAAAUUAAAAAAUUCCUUUUAAGAAUUGGAUUUGAAAAUAAAAGUGAAGAUUAUCAUCCAUAUUUAACUUUUUGAAUGUAGAGACAAACAAUUAGACUAAAGUAAGUAGGCUUAAUUAAUUAAUAAAUUGAUCUAUAUUACUAUAAAGAUACAAAAUAAUAAAUAUAUUUGCUUAUAUAAAAUUAAUAAUUAAUUGAUUAAUAAAUAAGGUUAUAUGUAGAAUAAAAUAAUCAAAUAUUUUUGA